UCAAUGGUUUUACGUGGGAAAAAAAUUCUUAAAAAACCAACACGCAUACUAUUUUGAGGAGAAAUGAUGUCAACAAUGUUUUGUUUUAAUAAUAGUUAAUAGAUAGAUUAAUUACGAAAAUAUCAGCCCUAACUUCAGUAAAAAGCUUUAAAAAAAAAAAAAAAUCAAAAAUCACUCGCUCAGUCGCUGCUGAACGCCUGAACCCUUCAUAUACCCUUUGCCCCCUUUCUCUCCCUCUCUUCCGAGAGAACCCAAGCUCAAAAAUCCCCAAAAUCCAUCAAUGGCGGACGUCAAUAAUUGCCCCGAACCCACAUUGCCAACCAAGCGUAUCCCAGAUCCGACUACCGAUAACUCCGCCAUUGAUGUCAAAAGGCAGAAACUCGAAACCCCAGAUAACAAUGGCAAAGAUACUCCCGAAUCUCUUGAACCAACCCCAGAAAACGACGUCGUACACAAAGGAAAGAGUAUCGUAGAACAACUAGACCCAGAAGCAAAAGAAGUUGAAGAAGUGAAGGGUUCCAAUGGCAGCAAAGCUGAAAUUGACAGGAAAGGGAAGGGUAUUCUAAUUGAAGAAGACGAAGAAGAAGAUGAAGAUGAUUCCGAUGAUGAUUCUGAUGAUUCGGGUUCCGAUGAAUUCGGUGAUGAAUUAUCUGAUGGUAGUGAUAUUGCUGAAGAUCCCUUGGCUGAGGUUGAUCUUGAUAAUAUUCUUCCGUCUCGAACUCGCCGGAAAAUCAUUAAUCCUGGUGCUUAUCUUGCUACUGAUCUUCCUCCUGAGGAUUCUGAUGACAGUGAUGACCCUGAUGCUUAGAAUUUUUUUUUAUUUUUUUUAUCGAGGUUAGUUUUUAGAAUUUGAUCAAUGUGUUAGGUUAUUUAAGUUAGAAUAUAUGUUGUGACUUGUGAAGAAUGAUACUUUUAUUAGUGUUUUUUUUUUAUUUUAUGAUUAUUAUUAUUGGAUUUUUAGCUAUUCCUUUUUUUUUUUUUUUUUUUUUUUUUGAAAGCUCUAUUCUUUGUUUUUAAUAUGUUUAUGAUCUUGGUAGCAUUGUUUUAUUUCUUUCCAUAGAGACUUUUUGCUUGGUUUUAUAUGUUUGAUGAUGUUGUUAGUAGGUUUGUUGAGGGCAGUAAAUUAGGUGUUAUAGUUUAGAUUAGAGGGUUUGCACCUAUGAUGUUGUGGACAUAUGAUCAUGGAAAUUUUUUGAGUUGCUUUGCAGUUUUUUGAGCACCAGGUGGGUGAUUAACAUUUGUAGCCGGAUUAGCUGAUAGCAUUAGUGGAAGCCCUGAUCUUUGUAGCAUUGUUUAAUUUGUUUCUAUUUCCCAAAUUCGGACUUUUUGCUUGGUUUUUAUAUGUUUGCUGGUGUUAUUUGUAGGUAUUUUGUUGAGGCAGUAACUUAGGUGUUGUAAUUUAGAUUAGAGGGACUGCACAUAUGUUCAUGUGAUUUUUCAAGUUUGUUUUGCUAUUUUUCGAGUACAAGGUGGAUGAAGCUGGAUUAGUUGAUAACAUUAGGGAAGCCCUUAGGUUUUUUUUUUUUUUUUUUUUUUUUUUUUUUUUGAUUUUUUUUUUUU